GGCCCGAGCGGCUCCGAGGUGGCCCUGCCCGGCGGAAGUGAAGGAGCCCCGAGAGGGAGGCAGCGGAAGUGGCUGCGUCGCUGCAGCGUGUGCGCGUGCGCCCUCGGCCUCGUUGCCGCUUUUGGGGCGGUACUCUGCCCUGUCUUCUUUCCUCCCUCCACGUGAGGGGGUGCGUGGAUUCCCAGUGGUGGCCGCGCGCUCUGCACCUCUGCAGCUCUCGUGCCCUUCACGAUGGCGGGCAUCCUGUUCGAGGAUAUUUUCGAUGUGAAAGACAUUGACCCAGAAGGCAAGAAGUUUGAUCGAGUAUCCCGGCUGCACUGUGAGAGUGAAUCUUUUAAGAUGGACCUCAUCUUAGACGUAAACAUCCAGAUUUACCCUGUAGACUUAGGUGACAAGUUCCGGUUGGUUAUAGCUAGUACUUUGUAUGAAGAUGGUACCUUGGAUGAUGGUGAAUACAACCCCACAGAUGACAGGCCUUCCAGGGCUGACCAGUUUGAGUAUGUAAUGUAUGGGAAAGUGUACAGGAUUGAAGGGGACGAGACCUCGACUGAAGCAGCCACGCGUCUCUCUGCAUACGUGUCCUACGGAGGCCUGCUCAUGAGGCUCCAGGGGGACGCCAACAACCUGCAUGGAUUUGAGGUGGACUCCAGAGUUUAUCUGCUGAUGAAGAAGCUGGCGUUCUGAACUUUGUGGGAAACCAGACUUGUUGCAUGGACAUUGUUCAAGCCUGUGUAGAGCUGUGGAUGUUCGCCUGUAAAAGGGACAGGGCGCUGUGUCUACUGUGGGGACAUCUUCAGUUUGUCUGAAUCCAGUGGAAAACUGACUUGUCUGUAAAUGUCAAGUGGGAGAGCUUACCAUGAACCUGAAGUUGUAUAUGAUUUUUUUUUUAUUAAAGUUUACUUUUUCAGAGUC